AUGAUUGGUCAAGAUCCACAGCCAAUCAGUUCUGAAGAUUCUGUCAAGAAAUUUGAGACCAGGAUGACACCAAUCCAUCUCUUCCAACUCAUCACUGAAAUCAAUAAACCAACAGAUCUUACAGAAGAGCCAGAUGCGGUAGAUUAUCGCCAACUACAAAGGCAGGCUAUCAGAGAUAUGGGAUUUGGCGCCUUGCUGAAUCUCAAAAUUAAAAAUAUUCCAACAGCAUUAUGUAGUUUUCUGGCAAACAAUUUGCAGACCGGUGUGAGACAAGUCUCAUUGAAUGGCAAAAAUGUACUGGAUAUCAAACAGGAAGAUGUUGUUGCUGUACUUGAUCUUCCUCGUGGACCCAAACCAGUGGAAGAAUUCAAACAGAACGAUCCCGCUAUAACGGACCACACUGAGAUGGUGGAUGCAUUCAAGAAAAGAAUGGGAUACAUUAAUAAAUACCUACCAACCACAUCCACAGCGGCACAAUUAAUUGCUGGUCGAAAAGAUAUUGGUGAUGAAUUCAAACGAGAUUUCCUGGUCUUUGUUGUGAGCACAUUCCUACAUGGAAACACCACCUCCAGGAUCACAAUGAACAUCUUGAAGUCCCUUGUGAACAUGAAUGAGGACCUUGCUGCUCUUUAUGAAAAGUUCUACCAAUUGAUUAUCACGAUGAGCAAAACUGUUUUAGACAUACGUGAAAAGGAAAUGGAGUUAAAAAUCGAACCAGAUGAACAAGCAAAGCAAACAAUCAAGAUCCUAACAGAUGCAAUGGUGUCGAUGAGUAGAAAGAUGCCUCCGCCUCUUGGGACAACGCAACACCAACAAGAGCAGCAGCAAGACCAGCAAGACCUCCAGGAUGCACAGAUUUGUGAAUUGUGCGAGAUGGCAUGGAAGGCUGCUGAAAGCAGUGGGGAAAUCCGUGCCUACUUCAAAAAAAGUGAACAACAAACUCAACCACAAGCACAUGGAACGAAUAUCUCCACAACAGAAAAGAAGAGAUCCCAUCAAGAUUUCACCGGCGGGGAUUUAGGUGUGACAUCCACCUAUACCAGAAGGUCGAGAAGCACUGGUACCAGGAAAAGAAAAGUAUUCAAAGACCCAACUAUCCCACACUUUAACCUGGGUAUCUUCUCCAUUCAAGAAGACAGUUACGAGCCAACCCAGGAGAAGAACACUGAGGAAGAUAUCACAGGAAGUGUUGAUUUGGAUAAAGAUGUCAAUGAGACUAUAGGAGCAAAAGAAUAUCCAGUACCAUCUGCACUCGACGAAACAAAGAAUCCCACUCCUUCCAUCGAUGAAAUCAUAAGAAGGGUCAGAGCACCAGCUUCAAAAUCAUUAAGUGAUACCAAAAAACUAGAGAUGAUUGCCGCUGCUGCAGAAGAAGUUGAGAACAACUCAAAGGUGGUUGAAGCAAUCCCUUUAAGCAUAAUUCCACCGGAUUGGAAUAUUGCUUCUACCACGGGUGGUCUACUGAUGCUGGAGAAAAAUGAGUGUACUACGCAACCGCCUACUAUCUCAAAGGAAGCUGAUGAGCUUGAUGAAGAGUUAACAAAGACAGUGGAAAAGUCGCCGUUCAUGCUGCAGAAGAAAAACAAAAAAAAAUUCAUACGAUGGACAAAGGAGAAGAAGAAAAUGAUCCAAGAAGAAGCCCUGUUGAUAGAAUUCGCUCUCUUGCAGAGACAAGAAGAAAUAGUUAAAUCGGGGAAACUCUUGUUUGAAUUUGAAAAAAUCGUUUGGGCAGACAGGACAGCAUUCUAUUCCAUGAGGAAAGGGACAUGGAUAGAAAACAGCAUCAUAGAUGCUUGGGCUGUCAUCCUAAACAAAGAAGAAGCUAAGAGUGACUCCCCAAGACGGAUAUUCUUUGGUGUUUCGUCAUUUGAUACAAUCAGUCGAUACUAUCAACAAGGCAGUAACAAAGAGGAAAUCAAGUUCACAUUCUAUGAGAGGUUGGGUCUUGAACUAGAAGAACAAGGCCUUACUGUAGCAUCCAUGUUAGCGGCAAAAGCUAUCUACUUCCCAGUACACUACCAAGACUAUUACUUCUUGUAUGUGUUGCCGGUUGAAGAAAAGAAAGUACUUGUCCUCAACAAUAUUCAUGCAAAAGAUCUGAACUACUACAAUCCAACGAAAGAUCUACUUUUUCGGUUCUUCAAAAGCUACGUUUCAUGCGUGUUUCCACGCAUAGAACUGGUCAGUGCUCAGUACACCUUCACAGAGGUUAUGCUACCAUUGCAUAAGGACAAAACGCCGAAUGUGGAAGAUUGUGGAAUAUACACAAUGCACCACAUGGAGCGGUAUGAUGGUGGUGAGUACGAGGAUGGUACUAGUUUGGAUUUCAACACAGGAAACAUCAAAGAGUACCGGUGGAAAUACAUGAUAAAAAUCAUUAUGCACCCAGCCAACAAAAAUAAGGACAAAAUCCUCGAAGCAAUGCACCAGUUCUAUACAAAUACUGCUGAAGAAGAACAAAAAAAAAAUUCCAGAUCAUGUUGA